AUGGCCGCACAAAUAGCAGAUGGGAUCCAUAAUAUCAACCUAAACCAAUCUGAAACAAAAGACAGUAUUUCGAACGGUCACAUCAGUCCGGCCUCUGCAAAAGCUGAGAAUGACGACUCGGACGAAGACAGAGAUGAGGAUGGUAGGAACGUCGAGGCAGGAGCUCUCGGAGCUGCAAAGAAGAAGAAAAAGAGGAAGCCUAAGAAGAAAAAGGGAGCGGCCAGUGGUAGCAAAACGCAGACUAUGCCUCCAAGAGUCCCUGUCGGGAAUUUGUUUCCAAACGGCCAGUAUCCCAAAGGAGAAAUUGCCGAAUAUCGAAAUGAAAACAGCUAUCGGACAACCAACGAAGAGAAAAGACAUCUGGACCAAAUGAAUAAUGACUUUCUGAACGAAUACCGGCAAGGAGCGGAGGUUCAUCGACAAGUCCGACAAUGGGCACAAAAGAAUAUCAAGCCUGGCCAGAGCCUGACCGAAAUUGCUGAAGGAAUUGAGGAUAGUGUCCGAGCAUUGACUGGACAUCAGGGCUUGGAAGAAGGGGACAAUAUUAAGGGUGGAAUGGGUUUCCCCACUGGCCUGAGCAUCAACCAUUGUGCAGCCCACUACACUCCAAACGCGGGCAAUAAGACCAUUCUACAACAAGACGACGUGAUGAAAGUAGAUUUCGGAGCCCACAUUAACGGCAGGAUUGUGGACAGUGCAUUUACCAUGACGUUCAACCCGGUCUACGACAACCUGCUGGCGGCUGUCAAAGAUGCCACAAACACAGGCAUCAGAGAAGCGGGUAUUGAUGUUCGCGUUGGCGAUAUCGGCGCCGCGAUCCAAGAGGCGAUGGAGAGUUACGAGGUUGAAAUCAAGGGUCAGUCGUUACCGGUCAAGAGUAUCCGAAAUCUUAACGGUCACGACAUCGUUCAGUACAGCAUUCAUGGGGGCAAAAGCGUACCGAUUGUGAAAAGCAACGAUCAGACGAAGAUGGAAGAAGGCGAGAUCUUUGCUGUUGAGACUUUUGGAAGCACGGGGAAGGGCUAUGUACGAGACGAUAUGGAAACGUCGCAUUACGCCAAAAGAGCCGACGCGCCAAACGUUGCUCUUCGAGUCUCGUCCGCUCGGAGUCUGCUAAAUACAAUAACGAAGAACUUUGGGACACUGCCCUUCUGCCGGAGGUAUCUUGAUCGCCUUGGCCAUGACAAGUAUUUGCUCGGAUUGAACAAUCUCGUAUCGAGCGGUAUUGUGGAAGCAUAUCCACCUCUAUGCGAUAUCAAAGGGUCAUAUACCGCUCAGUUCGAACAUACCAUACUAAUGCGACCUACAGUCAAGGAGGUCAUAAGUCGAGGAGAUGAUUACUAG